GAGAGAGAGAGAGAGAGAGAGAUGUGACCCACUGACAGACCGACAGUACAGUUCUAGAUUCUAUGCUGUGUAGGCUAGUGUGUAGUGUGGACCGUGUAGUUUUUCCCCCACUGGGUACAGGAGUGCAAGACGUGUUCGGCGUUCGGUUUUUGUCGUUGCCGAUUGCCGAUACGCUGCUUGCUUGGCUCUGUUCUCUCUCCCUCUUGUCUUGGUCAACAUGAAGAUUUGUAAUUUGUAAUGUGAUGUCGACUGGUACUCUGUAGGCUAGGCCUAUGAUCUUGCUUUUUAGAGGUAGGUCUAUAGAUAGGGCCUGUACGUUGUCGCAGAGAUCUAUCGUUCAAAAGAAGGUGGCCCCUCUAGACGCAUUGACUGCACUGUUGAGACUUGCACCCGGUGUCUGGCCACGACGGCUGGUCUCAGUGAACAUCACUCACAGAAGACUUCGCUCUCACGUCGCACACAUCGACAUGGCGUCGCCGCGAGAACCCAUGUACCCAGCCAUCCCUGUCCUACACACACGCGGCUCCUACUAUGAGGUGGGCUACAAUAUUGGCUUCACUUUCGCUGAUCGUAUCAAGAGGUUCUGGCAAGAGUCCGUAGAAAUGAAGACGCUGGUAAAACCUUUCGGGGAAACAGAACGGGGUCGUCAGUACGUUGGAAAGGCCCUUAAAGUUUGCAAGGAAAAUUUCCCUUGUUUUAUACGAGAAUUGCAGGGUAUGGCUGACGGUUGCGGUAUGGAGUUCAGUGACCUGUUUCUGGUGAAUGUGUCCAAAGAAAUUAUUAACGCCCUGUCAGGGCAAGAGGUAGAGCCGAACUCUUUGUCGUCAGGAUGUAGCGAAGUCUUCAUCAACACCCCCAAGUAUAAGCUGAUGGCGCACAAUGAAGAUGCUGAUCCAAUGAUAAAACCGUAUGGCUACUUUGUCAAGGCAUGUAUUGUGGAGAACAAGAAGGAAGUGGAGAACUUUACCGCCUUCUGCUACCCGGGCUUCCUCGCAGGAGUUGCCUUUAACUUCAAUAGCCAUGGCAUGGUGUUCAGUAUGAACGGGUUGUACGUCAACAUAGUCGCUGAGAGUGCACCGCCCAGGGCAUUUCUCAACCGGUCAGUGAUCCGGGCCAGGACGGUGGAGGAAGCGAAGUCUUUGCUCAGGAACUCUCCGUUUGGCUCGGCGUACAGCUUCACCGUGAACAUUGUGGAUGUCAAGAACCACAAGUCUAUGUGGUCUAUAGAGGUGGGUCCAAGAGAAAAAGAGUCAGAAGUCCACGUUCAAGAGAUUCCCGAGGUCUGUGACCCUGAGAAACCCUGCCAUUAUCUUCACUUUAACAGCAUCAAACAUCUCAAGAACCUCAUGAGUGCGGGCAUACCCAACCCUAGCUCCAUCACCAGGACCCAAGUGGCAGAAAAGUUCCCGCCUGUGACGACUCGUCAAGAUGCGCUGAAACUUCUGGGAGAUGAAAGAGACAAACUCUACCCUAUCUUCCGGUCAGACCGACCCACUGACCACUCAGAGACUGUGUUUACAACGAUGGUGGAGCCCUUGAGGAACCGGGUGGAGGUGUACCAGGGGAACCCAUCUCUCCCCGGUGCUCAGCCGUUCAUGUACUUCAAUAUACUGGAGGGGGAAGAUGGUGAUGGUGACAAGACCAGCUGAUGAUUGGUGGGGACUAACACCUUCAGUUGUGUUUAGCUGUUCCAACUUCCAACGUCCCCCCCUCCCAUCACCCCUGUCUCUCUCUGAUUUUUUUUUCUUUCUCUCUGUCUCUGUUUUAUU